GACAAUGAGGAGGAAAUCGGGCAGCAUGAAGCGUGCCUCUCCCACCCCCAGCACCCAAACCUCCUACUACAGCGAGUCCCUGGUCAGCGAGUCCUACCUGGGGGGCAGCCGGGGCCUCGCUGCCCUGGGCAGCUCCGUGCUGGAUGAUGCCCUGGACAGCAGCAUGUACUGGGGUGGAGAAUUUUCUACCAGGAGGAGAAGAGGCACGGGGGACACCGAGUCCAGUAAGAUCAAUGGGCUGCUGGAGAGCAAGACGUAUGACACCUAUGCCUCUUCGUCUGGGUACUCCUCAGAGGAUGACUACACUGGUCACUUCUCCUCGGGACAGAGUAGCUCUGGGUCAGGGCUGAGGACCGCAGCCUCCCGGGUGGGCUCCUUCCUCUGGCAGGUGCUCACCUUCCCAGUUUGGUUCACGGGGUGGCUGUUCUCGGGGCUCACAGCUGCCUGGCACCGCCUCACCGGGGCCACUCCCCGCCUGGCCAACGUCCCCCUCUCCAGGCGCUACCCGUGGCUGAAGAGGUCCCUGCUUCUGCUGCUGCUCCUGCUGCUCCUCACUGCUGCCGCCUACGGAGCUUGGUACUUCUACCCCUAUGGGAUGUCGACUCUCAGCCUCCCCUCCUUCUCGUGGUGGGGAGCUGGAAGGCUUUCCUCCUCCAGCGGGCCUGGGGCAGGGGACCUGACCAUGCUGGACCAGGGGGAGCAGCGGGUCCUGGCUCGCUUCCAGGCCCUGGAGAAGCGUUUCCAGGCGCUGGAGGCCGAGGUGUCGCGGUGGGAGCUGCGGCGAGGGGCGGCGGCCGUGGCCGCAAAGGGAGAGCCGCCCCCGGGCAACCUCCUGGAGCUCCUGGAGGAGCUGGUGGGCCGCCGGGAGGCGGGGCUGAAGGAGCAUCUCCGUGCUGAUGUGACCAGCCACCUCCAGGGUGAGCUGGAUGCCCUCCGAGCCGAGCUGCAGAGGGAUUUUGAUGGGCGCCUGAAGAAGAUGGCACAAGCCUCUCAGGAGAUGGAGGCACGCUUGCUGGAGCUGAACUCAGAGUUGCAGAGCUCACUGCAGGAAGAUGUACGAGGCAGCUUCCAGCAGGAGGUGGGCAAACUGGAGCAGGAGGUGGCAGCACUGAGGAGGGAGCUGGUGGGCCUCAAGUCGGACCAGGAGGUGAUGGGGAAGCACGUGGAGGGGAUGCUGGAGCAGCUGAAGGCAGUGCGGGCUGACGUGGAAGCACAGUUCCCAGCGUGGAUCAGUGGGUUCCUGUCGCAGUCCCGGCGAGGUGGAGCUGCUGGCCUUGUCCUCCAGCAGGAGGACUUGCAAGCAGAGCUCCAGGCCCUGGAGCGCAAGAUCCUGGCCAAAGUCUCAGAGGAUCAGAGGCUGUUGGCACGAGAUGCUCAGGCUGGUAUUGGAGUGGCCCUGCGGCAAGGGGGGACCACAGGGGUGACAGAGGAGCAAGUGCAUCUCAUCGUGGGCCAGGCCCUGAAGCGCUACAGCGAGGACCGCGUGGGGAUGGUCGACUACGCCCUGGAGUCGGCAGGGGCCAGUGUCAUCAACACCCGUUGCUCGGAGACCUACGAGAUGCGGACCGCGCUGCUGAGCGUGUUUGGCAUCCCCUUGUGGUACCAGUCACAGUCCCCCCGAGUCAUCCUGCAGCCAGAUGUCAACCCUGGGAACUGCUGGGCCUUCCGUGGCUCCCAGGGCUUUGCCAUCAUCCGUCUCUCCGACACCAUCCGCCCCACGGCUGUGACGCUGGAGCACAUCCCAAAAGCCCUGUCACCCCAGGGAACCAUCCCCAGCGCCCCCAAGGACUUUGCUGUCUAUGGCUUGAAGGAAGAGAGAGAAGAGGAAGGCACUCUCCUUGGGCAGUUCACCUACAACCACGAUGGUGACCCCAUCCAAACAUUUUACUUGGAGCAUGACGGCAGGGGCACGUACCAGCUGGUGGAGCUGCGGGUGCUGAGCAACUGGGGCCACCCCGAAUACACCUGCAUCUACCGCUUCCGCGUCAACGGGGAGCCGGCGCCCUGA